AUGUUUAUUUAUUUACUUCAAAUAUUUGAUUAAUUAUUAAUUAAUUUUGAUAUUGAAAUAUAAGUGAUAAGGGUAGUUUGCUUGUUAUUUAUUAAUAAUUUAUUAUCAAGAGGAAAAUAAAAGAAGUUGAUUAAUAUUAAAAAAAGAAAUUUAACUUUGCUCUUUUUUUAAUAAGAAUAAAAAGACCAAUAGUAAAGUCAAUUUAAGAGUCACAGCGUAUCUUACUUAGAUUAAUUAAUCAGCUUCACUAACUCUAAAGAGGUCUCAACGUUAGAAAAUUACAACAUUGCCAUGAAGAAAAAAUAAACAAGAUAACAACCUUAAUUUUAAAAGUAGUAAUCACUUGGUUCAACAGAAAUUGUACAAGGAUCUAUUUCUACAUCUUCUACAUCUUAAUAACAAUAAUAAGCACUACAAAACUAACUCUCAAAUACUUGCUCUAAUUAAAAAGUUCUGUCUUGCAAUCCUAAUUCUUCACCUUUACCUCUAGCAAAUGGAGUUGGAUAAGUUGCUGUAGGCAGCUAAAAUUAAUAUUCAUCUGCUUCUUUAGCUGGAAAUAUCAAUUGCAACUAACUAAGAGCUGGAGAUUGGGUUUGCUUGUUAUGCAACAAUCUCAAUUUCUCAUUUAGAAAUGAAUGUAACAGAUGCAUGAUUUAAACUAAGAAGCAAAACCUUCUCUAAAACCUGAUGCUUGUCUAGGAAGGACAACAAUUUUUUAUUUCAGAUAAUGAUUAAAAUAACGUGAUAGCAGAAAAUGGCAUAUCUGAAAACAAUAAUUUAAGUCCCUAAUAAGACAAAAAAGAAGAAGAAAAUUUAUUAGAGUACGCAAAAUACCAAAAUAGAGCAGGUGCUGGAUUUGAAAAUAUGCUUUUGCUUCUUACACCAAAUAGAAGUAGUAUUCAUUCAGACGAUUGUUAUGACCAUAAAAUGAAUACUACUGCUACAGGACCUUAAAGCCAUAACAGUAAUAGUAAAAGUGAUCCUGACCAAAGCAGUAAAAAUAAUAAAAAAAACAAAGUCAAAAAUAUGAUGAUAAAUGACAAUAGCUCAAACUAUCACAAUAGUAAUAAAGCCAAUCAAAAAAUGUAAUUUGAGGAAGAUAUUUUUUCUGAUAGCAGCAAUAAACAUGAAUAAAUGAAACCUUUAGGAGCUAUGCUUGAUUUUUCUUCUCCAGAAGUUGCAAAGUAUGCUUACUAAAAAUAGGAUCAAAUAGAUGAAAUAAGCUUUUAAAACUCUGUAGGUACUUUCGCGCCAUAUUGCGAUUAAAAAUUAGCUUAAUAAAAUAGCAAGCAGUUAAACAAAGAUAUUUAACCGCCACUUUAAGAAGAAAAAAGAGAGUUUUAGCUGUUUGGAUCAAACAAACCAUCUAUUGAUUAUCCUAAUUUUAUUUUAUCACCUAGCAGUAUGAGAGAUGGAGAUGAGUCUUUAAAUGAAAGUGAUAGUGGAAAUUUUUAAUAGGAAAUUCAAUAGUAGAUAAAUAAUAUUAUAAUGGAAGAAGAGGAUGAUUACAGUAAUAAAAGAUAAAAUUAGGAAGAACAAAGUCAAUAAAAUAUAAAUAAGUAAAAUAAUUAAAUGGAAGUAAUGUCUUAUUAUAACUCUGAGGCUUAGAACAGUAGUGCUGUUUAGAGCUUAAAUUUGAUUAAUCCUACAUAAAAAAAUGAAGAUUAGCAUAUCUAUUCUUUUGGAGCAGGUUUUUAGCAAAAUCAAAGAAAUGGAAAUAAUUUAUUUAGCCGUUAGUCUUAAUAAGUAGAUAUGAACAGCACAGACAAAUUAAUUAACUUGCAAUCUAAUUAAAAUAAUCAAUAACAAUAAUCCAGAGGAUUGUUUUUCUAAUAUAAUAAUAACAAUAACAAUAAUAUCAAUAACAACACAGGCUUUUUCAAUUAUUUUUCUAAUUCAAAUGCUUAAUAAGUUUAUGGAGAGUAGCCAACCAAUAAUUUAAAAGCUAACAAUUCAAAUAAUAGCAAUAACAAUGGAAUUAAUUUUUCUAAUUACAGUAGCUUUCUUAAUAGUAAUUAGUUUACAAAGUCUAGCAAUCAAUUAAAGAUCAAGGAAUAAUCAGAUAACAAUAACAAUGAUGCAAAUUCCUAAAAAUCAAACAGCAACAGUAUCAGAUCACUAUUCAUGAACUAAUAAAAUACAUCUUUAUGGAAGGAGGAAAGCCAAUUUAGUUUAUUCUCUAAUUAAAAUACUAGUGCAGUUGUUAAAAGCACUUUAUUCAAUGUAGAUGAAAAUUCUAACACUCUUCCUUCCUAAAAUGUAUUUAACAAAAUAGCUAAAUUUGAUAAUUUUUAUAAGAAAGAAGACUUAAUCAACCAAAAUACAGUGAAUUUUGAAUAGGCUUCUUCUUUUAUUAAUAAAGGAAAAUAAAAAAAUACUGGCAAAGGUACAGUGCUCUAUUCGGUUAAUGACGAUUAUGCAGAUAUGUCUGAUUCAGAUGAUGAUGAGGGAGAUUCAAAUAGCGAAAGUAGAAUCAUGAGAUCUACUAAAAAAUCAAAUAAUAUUCGUAAAAAGCGUAAGUAAGGAAACAAUGUAGAAUCAAAAAAGAAAAGCAAGAUUUAACACCACUAAAGCAACGCUAUUAACACUGAUAACAAUUUAAGCAAUAAUUUUAAUAGUCCUAACGUUGCUUAUAAUUAUUCUUAGAAUUUCUUAUACAAAGAUGAGAAUUCUAUUAAAGAAGCUUGUAGCCUUUCCCUUCAAUAAGAAAAUUAAUCUAUAAGUUAAAAUAAUAACUUUAAUUCGAUGCAAACUCCUUUAAGCAAUCCUCACAACAACAGCUUAUAAGGCUAAUAAUCAAGUAAUAAUAAUUCUUAAGGUUAGUAAGUAAAUGCAAAAAAAUAAGAUUGGAUUUGUCCUCGUUGCACAAAUUUAAACUAUUCUUUCAGAAAGCUUUGCAACAAAUGCCAAUUUGCAAAAAACAACUUUGCCAUCUUGAUUCCCCCUAAUUUUCAAUAAAUUUAGCAAUAAUUAACAAUAUUUUGA